GUCAGCUCUUCGUGCACAGACCACCUUAGCCGCCGGAGCUCUGUUUUUCCGCCAUCGCAAAGGCUAGUGCUGGUAAGCUAAACGGCUGACUUGUGGCUGUGGUGAAUCAGAAUGAACAUCAUACACGUGACGAGCCACACCGCGCUGAAGAGAAAGAUGUGUGCUGCUAUACGCCCACUAACAGCUGAUCUUGCUGGACGAGUAGGUACCUAAGCCUGAAUCAAGAUGAGCAUCAUACAUGGAUGUGACGAGGUGCACUGCCUUGGAAGAGAACGUUUGUGGCGGAUCCAUCGUUCGUCCAUUGCGCAAGAGCUGAACAUUGGCGGAGUGGGACGGUAUUAGUUCUACUAAGCGCAUUCCGCUAGCUGCAUAGGAGUCACAAAGUCAAUGUCUCGUUUAGUAAUCACGAGUAUCGAACGUCUCAAAGGUAGAGUAUAAAUCCGGGAUCCUGCCCUGUCGAUGACAACAUCUUCAGCACUUCUAGCCACAUCGACGACCUGAGCUGUGUGUACUGAAGCUUCGGUACACUCAUUCCACUACACCAUUCUAUCCACAACAUCCUCGCUAUCCCUCAUCCUGUCACAAUGGCCUCUACUACGUCAUCAGACCAAAUCCUCUUCUUCGAUAUCGCCCUUGGUCAACCCAUUCGCCCAGCCGCGCCCAACCCGUGGAAAUCCCGGUACGCGCUGAACUUCAAGCGCGCGAACUUCGUCACAAAAUGGGUCGAUCUGCCUGACAUAACGCAAACCCGGAAAAGCCUCGGCGCAGACCCGGUCCGCUUCUUCGCAGACGGGGAGCCGUUCUACACGCUCCCAGUCGUCCAGGAUACGUCCACCGGCGAGGUGGUGGGCGAUUCGUUCGACAUCGCCGUGUACUUGGAUAAAAAGUACUCCGGCAGGCCUAAGUUGUUCAACCACUCCAUCGGCUUAUACAAGGCGUUUAACGCGCACAUCGACUCCAUCUUCCCCUCGGGCGGGAUCCUGUUCUCGCAGUGCUUCCCCUUCACCCCGGCGAACGAGGAGCAGAUGAAGGCCGAGUUCUGCAGGCGCGCUGGCGUGAAGUCGUGGGAUCAACUCAACGUGAGCGGGGAGGAGAGGCGGAAGGUGGUAACUGCCUACGAGGUCUCGUUGGGAGAGGCCGCGAAGUAUUUUCAGUUCUCUGAUGGCCCUUUCAUUGGAGGCAAGGAGGCCGAUUAUGCGGAUAUCAUUAUCGGCGGCUGGUUGAUGUUUUUGAGCCAGGUACUACCCGAGUGGGAGGAGAUCCGCACGUGGCAUGGUGGGGUUUGGGGUAAACUGCAUGAUGCUUUGGAGCCGUAUAGGGGAACGUGAUGAGGUUCAGGGAAGACUUAAUGCACUGCCCAUUAGCGCGCAUCUUUGAGGACCAGGACAGUAAUCUGGCCAUGGUUUCUGAUUCUGAAUGGGGCUCUGGAAAGUGGGAAAGGGGUUUAGAGAAAAGUUUGAGAUAAGGGUACAUAUAUCAAUGUGAUAUAUU